GCCGUCCGCCGCCGAGCCCGAGGCCGCCCGGGCUCCCGCUCCCGCCGCUCCGCUCCGCGUCCCCGCCGCCGCCCGCAGGGGAGUGGCCGCCGCGGGAAUGGCGCCGCGGGACGGCGAGGCGCUGAGGGGCCGGGCGGCGUGAGGGCCGGGCGCGCCAUGGGGAAGGACCAGGAGCUGCUGGACGCCGCGCGCACCGGCAACGCGGCGCAGGUGGAGAAGCUGCUGUCGGGCCGCAGGGGCGGCAUCCUGGGCGGCGGGUCCGCGCCGCUGCCGCUGUCCAGCCUGCUGAGCAUCUGGCGAGGCCCCAAUGUGAACUGCACAGACAGUUCGGGUUACACCGCUUUACACCAUGCAGCCUUAAACGGACACAAGGACAUAGUUCUCAAACUACUUCAGUAUGAAGCAUCAACAAAUGUAGCCGACAACAAAGGUUAUUUUCCCAUUCACCUGGCUGCCUGGAAAGGAGAUGUGGAGAUCGUGAAGAUUCUUAUUCAUCACGGACCAUCACAUUCCAGAGUCAAUGAGCAGAACAAUGAAAACGAGACUGCCUUGCACUGUGCAGCUCAAUACGGCCAUUCGGAGGUAGUUGCUGUUCUCCUAGAAGAACUCACUGACCCUGCCAUUAGGAACAGCAAGCUUGAGACACCGCUGGACCUGGCAGCCCUCUAUGGACGGCUCCGAGUGGUCAAGAUGAUCGUCAGUGCACACCCUCACCUGAUGAGCUGCAACACGCGGAAGCACACACCCCUGCACCUUGCCGCACGCAACGGUCACAAAGCAGUUGUUCAAGUGCUGUUGGAAGCAGGAAUGGAUGUGAGCUGUCAGACAGAAAAGGGGAGCGCUCUCCAUGAAGCAGCUUUGUUCGGUAAAGUGGAUGUUGUGAGAGUUCUGUUAGAAACAGGAAUUGAUGCCAAUAUAAAGGAUAGCUUAGGCAGAACCGUCCUGGACAUUCUGAAGGAGCAUCCAUCUCAGAAGUCUCUCCAGAUCGCAACACUUUUACAAGAAUAUUUAGAAGGCCUGGGGAGAUCAACAGUCCUUGAAGAACAUGCCCAGGAAGACACAGCACAAGAAACAAACAACAGUUCAUCUCCUGUUGCAUCUCCUUUGCAAAAGACCAAAAGUGAUACUGUUACUGGAGAAUUAUCAAAACUCCUGGAUGAAAUAAAGCUGUGUCAAGAAAAAGAUUACUCCUUUGAAGACUUGUGCCACACGAUAUCAGACCACUACUUAGAUAACUUGAGCAAGAUUUCAGAGGAAGAGCUUGGGAAAAAUGGAAGCCAGAGUGUAAGAACUUCAUCUACAAUAAAUUUGUCACCAGGAGAAGUGGAAGACGACUAUGACAACGAAAACACUUGUGGGCCCACAGGACUCUGGGAAGCGCUAACUCCUUGUAACGGCUGUAGGAACCUCGGCUUUACCAUGCUCGCACAGGAGUCCUAUCCAAAGAAGAGGAAUUACACUAUGGAAAUGGUGCCAUCUGCUUCUGUGGAUACAUUUCCUUCAGAAAAUGAGAACUUUCUGUGUGAUCUCACGGACACAGCAGUUACAAAGAAGCCUUGCUCUUUAGAAAUUGCAAGAGCUCCUUCACCAAGAACUGAGAAUGCCUCUGAGGUAGCAAUUACUGCUCCUGGAACUAGUAACCAUAGAAACAGCUCUACAGGCCCAACACCUGACUGCUCACCUCCAUCCCCAGACACUGCCCUCAAGAAUAUUGUCAAAGUCAUUCGCCCCCAGCCGAAACAACGGACAUCUAUUGUGUCAGCUCUGGAUUUUCAGCGAAUGAAUCACAGCCAAGAAUAUUUUGAGAUCGUCACAGCUACAGAGUGUGCAGCUCUCACACCCAGCCCUCCUGCAAGUCCACCCACCUCCUCCGUGGGCACCACAGGAGUCAAGGAUGAGGGCACUGGUCACACAGAUGACCUUCCACAACCAGAGGACACCGACCCCCCAAGAGAAUAUGACCCUGGGCAGUUUGCAGGUCUCCUUCAUGGAUCCUCUCCAGCCUGUGAGUCCCCUGAAAAUCCAUUUCAUCUCUAUGGGAAACGAGAUGAGCCUGGAGAAGUGCAGGAGGAAAUGAAUUUGGCCAGCAAUCCUUUGACCUUCAAACAGCCUCCAGCAGGAAAGAACUCAGAGCCCUUGGUAAAGAAAGUGAAGCCCAAAGUGGUCAGUAGAACAAUCUUUCACAAAAAAAGCAGCCACCUGCAAAACCAUACCAUUGUCGGCACAAAAGCAAGCAGGAGCGGGUCGAGGAGUGGGGAGCAAUGGAUGGCGACCACAGGGACCUUUGUGGAGAGAGCCUGCACCCUCGGGAGGAUAAGGUCACUGCCAAAAGCCCUGAUCGACAUGCAUUUAUCCAAAAAUGUCUCCAAGUCGGAUUCUGACCUCAUUGGCUACCCUUCAACUGAGAAAGCCGCACGAGUCAACUGGAGUGAGACUUCCACCGCUGAGCACAGCUCCAGAGGGAAUUCAGAAAGAACACCGUCCUUCACUUCCGAGUGGGAAGAAAUUGACAAAAUAAUGAACUCCAUUGACAUUGGAAUUAAUAGUGAACUUGAAGAAAUGGAUGGUGAGAACACAAGACCCAGAUGCCCCGUGCAGACAGUGGGACAAUGGCUGGAAAGCAUUGGGCUACCUCAGUACGAGAACCACCUGAUGGCUAAUGGAUUUGACAACGUGCAGUUUAUGGGGAGCAAUGUCAUGGAAGAUCAGGAUUUAUUGGAAAUUGGAAUCCUUAAUUCUGGGCACAGACAACGAAUUCUACAGGCAAUCCAACUUCUUCCAAAGAUGAGACCCAUUGGCCACGAGGGCUACCAUCCCACAUCGGUUGCUGAGUGGUUGGACUCCAUUGAGCUAGGAGACUACACCAAAGCCUUUCUCAUCAAUGGAUACACGUCGAUGGACCUAUUGAAAAAGAUCUGGGAGGUUGAACUCAUUAAUGUCUUAAAGAUCAGUCUGAUUGGCCACAGGAAGCGCAUCUUGGCAUCUCUGGGAGACAGGCUACAGGAGGACCCACCGCAGAAGCCCCCUCGGUCCAUCACCCUCAGGGAACCCAGUGGUAAUCACACUCCUCCUCAGUUGUCUCCAUCACUUAGCCAAAGCACUUACACCACUGGUGGCUCCCUAGACGUUCCUCACAUUAUCAUGCAGGGCGAUGCAAGGAGGAGACGGAACGAAAACUACUUUGAUGAUAUUCCCCGAUCAAAACUGGAGAGGCAGAUGGCUCAGCAGUCGUCUGUCUGUGAAAUCUGGACGAAUCAGAACGCUGGAUUUCCUUUCUCAGCCGUCCACCAGGUCCAUAAUACGGGAGACUGGGGAGAGCCUUCCAUCACUCUGCGGCCUCCGAACGAAGCCACGGCCUCCACCCCAGUGCAGUACUGGCAGCACCACCCGGAAAAGCUCAUCUUCCAGUCGUGCGAUUACAAAGCUUUUUAUUUAGGUUCUAUGCUGAUCAAAGAGCUCAGGGGAACAGAGUCGACCCAAGAUGCCUGUGCAAAAAUGCGAGCUAACUGUCAGAAAUCUACAGAGCAGAUGAAGAAGGUCCCUACGAUCAUCCUCUCGGUCUCUUACAAAGGAGUGAAAUUCAUCGAUGCAGCAAACAAGAACAUAAUCGCAGAGCAUGAAAUCCGAAACAUCUCGUGCGCGGCCCAGGACCCAGAGGACCUGUCAACCUUCGCCUACAUCACAAAAGACCUGAAGUCCAACCACCACUACUGCCAUGUGUUCACCGCCUUCGACGUGAAUCUAGCCUACGAGAUCAUCCUGACGCUGGGACAGGCCUUUGAAGUGGCUUACCAGCUGGCACUGCAGGCCCGCAAAGGGGGCCACUCCUCCACGCUCCCCGAGAGCUUUGAGAACAAGCCCUCCAAGCCCAUCCCCAAGCCCCGCGUCAGCAUCCGCAAGUCCGUGCCUUUCUGUUCUAAAGCAGAUCGACCCAUCUGAGCAGAAGACUCUGGCCAACCUGCCAUGGAUUGUGGAGCCGGGCCAGGAAGCCAAGCGGAGCAUCAACACCAAGUACGAGACCACCAUCUUCUGACCCUCACCCACCCGUCCUCCUGUCCCCGUGGUGCCUUGCACGCCGAGCUGCCCGGAGCAGACUCCAUUCCCACCGCCCGCCCUGGGGGGAGGCAGCCAUGUGUGUGUGUGUGUGGCCUCGGCAAGGGCAACGGCCACGGCCACUCCCGGGAAGCCCUGUCUUCGCCAGACGUGCCAGCCGGCUUCCCUGCUGACUCUCCGGCCGCGCCCUGCUGGCCACACCCAAGGUAUUUCUAAGGACUGUGCCCCCACACUGGCUGUGCUGUACCUGGGGGUCACCCCGCGAUGACCAGGGGGCUGAUGUGCCCAGGAGCAAGGAAAUAUGGGCAGCCUGGGAGGCAGGGCAGAACCACCCCAUCACAAAAUCAUCGAAACCCCUGGCUGAGCAUCACUGAACGCAAAAGGACAAAGAAAGCCCACAGUCGCCAGGAAUCCUUGCUUCCCAGUUUCUAUUCUUGUGGAUUUUGUUAAUGUGAUCAGCUGUGUUGGACAGAUAAAACCUUUACAUCUACAGAGCGAUGCCAACUUUCAGAAUGACUUAAGACAGGAAUGUAUCAUGCACAGAAUAAUGCAUCUUGUUUUCAGUAUUUCUCUGAGCAAUGUUCCAUUCGUGCAUCAAUAAGAGAAGUAGGCUAGUCAUGAGGGGAGUUUCUGAUCUCAUUGCAGGAACCAGACCUCCACCGAGGGCCAGAGGAGACAGAGCCUGCACCCCACAGCAGGGCGGUUUUUAAAGCUUCAGUGUUUUCAAGGACAGACUGAAAAAAAACAGAAUACAACUAGGGCUUCUGCUGUCAGAUUCCUGUCAUGAAAACCUUGUUUGAGAAAGAUGUUGAUAAAAUUCUAUUGCAAAAAUCUCUUUUUUUUAGAAAAAGUAAAUACAAAAGCAAACAAACAAAAAAGAAAUUCCAAAGUAAUAAAACUUUUCUUCAGACAAAACUAACUAAACAAACACGUUUGCUUACUGUUUGAUUAAAUGAGAUUUACUUACGUUUCUUUAAGGCAUUUUAAUUUUAAUUUUUUAAUGUCUCUGUGGAGUAUUUGUAUGAUACCAUAAUAUAUAUUCAUGUAGAAUCAAAUUGUAUAAACAGUGCCAAUAUCAUUAUAGAAAAAAAUAACAUUUUAAUGUAUAUUCUAACAGAUCAUAUUGUGACUCGUUUUGAAGUUCAUUAUAGCGAUAUUGAUAAACUGUGGGGCUGUCUUAAUGUUCUUUUUUUAAUUAACCAGUAUUACUUUCAACCUGGCUGAGACUCUUGUGACUCUCACCAGUUGGUGAGUUGUGAAGAAGGUAGCUGACUGUAAGCAAAUGUACCUGGAUCUCAUGAAGUGCUGGGGACUGACGCUUAUUAAAUCACGUGGCCUGCAAGGUCCUUGUACAAUCUGCCUGGUCACUGCCGACCUGUGGCGUGAGCGGGACAGGCAGACAAAGGGAACGUUCAGGAGGCAACGUCAGCGGCGGCUUUGCUGAACCAGAAACGUGUGAAUGAAUAUGCCUGGGCUUCCAGUUAAAAGUUUUGUAAUUUUGUCAUUAUUUAUAUCCUAUAUAUAUAUAUAUAUAUAUUUAAAAAAAAAAAAGCACACGAAAUAAAUGGGAGAUUGUACAGCC